GCCACACCAGCUGAGUCGUAGUGUUUUAUAUGUUAAAAAAUAUAUUUAGGAGGAGGGUAUAGGGUCAAGAGGCUAAAUGGUGAUGGAAAAAAUCAAAUUAAAUUUAAAAAUAUGCGUAUUUAUAUAAUUACUGUCGUCAUCACAGCACCAUCAAAAUGUUUACAGCCCACUCAGGGCCCCGCAUAAAAAAGCACCCACACCCCCAAUCACCACACAGUCCGGGCUGCGCCUCUAAUUACACUUCCAUCCAACAAACCCCGGAGACGGUCUCAGAACAGCCUCUGGACACCUGCGUGGGACACCUGGCUGCUGCUCCGACACGCAGGCCGCGUGCAGACCUCCCUCCCGCUCUCCACCGCGGCCUCACCACCGCGGGCCGGCCCCUGCAGGGCCACGGCAUCCCCUUCGGGGUCGUCUUCGGCGGCACCGACCUGAAUGAAGACGUGCACCAGGGAGACAAGCACCUGGUGAUGGGGAAGGUCCUGGGGGAAGCCAGGUUCGCCGUGGCUUUCACCGAGUCCAUGAGGGCGGCCGCGUGCCUGCAGUGGCCACAGGCAAAGGGCAAGAUCUACGUCCAGGGUCAAGGAAUCGCCACGGCUCCCAACGCCGCCUUCCCGUGGAGCACCUUCCUCCAGCUCGCAGACCUUCCCCAAAGUGCUGACAACUUACACGUGUUCCUCCUGAUAUGCGGACUCCGGCCGGUCAAAGACCCCCUCUACCUGGUGGACGCCUUCUCGGAAUGGCACCGAGAGGAGCCCAGUGCGUACCUGGUGAUCGUCGGCCCUGAAGUGGACCCGGUGUUCACGAGGGAAGUCAAGGCCAAGGUGGAGAGGUCGGCGGGGGUGCGGCUGCUCCCCGAGAUGCCCCAGGGCGACCUGCACGCGGCCGAGAAGAACUGCCUCGCCCUGGUCAACAGCUCGCUCUCCGAGGGCAUGUCGGCGGCCAUUCUGGAGGCCAUGGACCUGGAGGUGCCGGUGCUGGCCAGGAACAUCCCGGGCAACGCGGCCGUGGUCCAGCACGGGGUCACGGGGCUGCUGUUCUCCGACCCUCAGGUAGCGGGGUCCUUCCCGGGUCCGUGGGUCGGGAUGGUUUGCCUGUGCAUUUGUCUCAGCAUCUUGCACGUUUUCGUCAGCGCUCAGCGCCCCGUCAUGGUCAGGGCGGCCCUACACACAGCGGGCUCAGCUGUGACCACAGGGGCCCCCUGGACGCCCCUCUGGAUACAACCUGGGGGCGUGUGGGAAACGGGGGGACGGAGGGCCCCUGGGGGUCCUGGCCCGAGCCAAGCCCUUCUCCUCCCCAGGCUCGGGGUGCCCAUUGCUCACCCGGCUCCUGGUGUUGGGUGGACGGCCACUCAGCUGGGCCAACGUGUGUGAAGGAAACUGGGAGCCAGUUCGCAUCCAUUCCCGUGUUUGUGCGAAUGGCCGUCCCUCCUGCAGGCCGUUCUCCCGGACAAAGCGGGGAGAGCGGACGCAGACCCGGGCUUGGGGCGCCCGGGCAACC